GCCCCUACAGCCCUACUAGAGGCUACCUGGGGGACUGUUGUCUCUGUGAGGCUGAGGAAGCGGCAGCGGAACUGCUCCAGUUUCACUUUCGAGGGAAAACGCCCGAAACUUCAACAGAAACCAUCACCACCACUACCAUCACCACCACUACCAUCACCACCAUCAUCACUACCAUCACCACCAUCAACGUCUCUGUGUGAGUGUCUAUGAGUCUCUGCAGCGAUGGAGCUGCUCUUCCUCAUGGAGAACCGCGGGGAGCUCCUGCGUCUCGUCCGUGCCGAUCCGGGAGCCCUCAUGGACGAGGUGGAGUCCAUGGGCUACAGCGACGUCUACGAAAAGGCCAGAACCGCCACCACUGACGAGCUUCAGGCCGAGCGGCUGAUCUCCGAGAUGCUCGCCCUGGGGCAGCCGGCGGCGGUCGACCUCCUCGAGGCUCUCCGCGAGCUGCGGGACAAAUACGAGGGCCUCGUCGGGCUCCUCGACAGCCUCCCGAGGGCCGACUCCGACAGCACGGCCCGGGGGCAGCCGGGCCCAGGAUCCGCUGCUGCCGCCACGGUAUCUGUCCAGCUCCCGGCGGCGUUACCGGCAGCCUCUCGGCCUCCCGCUGCGACGUCGUUCGAGGCGAAGCUGCAAGCUUGCGGCGACGACAAGGAGCUCCUGCGGAGGAUCGUUCCUCUGACGCCGCAGCUCGUGCAAGCCCUGCAGGGCAACCUCCUGCCGAUACUCAACGAGCUGAGCGCCAGGGAGGUCAUCACGGUGGCCGAGAGAGACAAGGUCAAGGCCAGGUCAAACAAUGGAGGUGCCGCUGCCGCCACUGAGCUGCUGGACAUCGUCGAGCAGAAGGGCCGCCGCGAGGCGCGGAAGUUCUGGCUGGCGCUGUGGGCCACGCGUGACACCUACACGCGCCUGCUGGACAUCUUCGACGAGUUCUGAGAGGCCUGGGCAAAAAUGAGAGGCCGAAGAGCCACGUGGGACGGAAGCGUUGCGCGAUGUCUUCAUCUUCCCCGAGGUCCAUCGCUGGAGUCUCUCCCCCCACCACGCUGGACGUCUGUGAAGGAGAUCUUCGCAUUGUCUGGGUCUCUCGGCAAAAUCUCGACUCGAAAGCUUUCGUGACUGCAGGAAUUCAAAUUCUUGGGGUCUUUCGAUAGGUUCAAAGAAAAUGACACAAAAAAAAGAACCACUUUACGUGACAUUUACCGAAAGACCCAAAUAAUGUGAAUUCCUGCAGUCACGAAAGCUUUCGGGUCGCGAUUGAGAUCUUUGUAAUUCGUCAGAAUCCUACCAGUGGUAUAAACAAAUAAAUAUUCCGAUUCUGA